AACAGUUUUGUUAUCAUCGACCCCAGAUUCAAAGUCCAGCUAUCACAGUCGAAAAUGUUGCGAAUGUUCGGCGGUCGCACAUUCUUGCAAACAGCGCGUGUUACGAUGGAACGAAAUUUGUGCAGCAGCUCGGAAGUGGCCGCUAAAAGACUUACCGGAAAGGUGGCCGUGGUAACCGCUUCAACGGAAGGAAUUGGCUAUGCCAUUGCGCAACGAUUAGGACAGGAAGGUGCCAAAGUGGUGAUAAGCAGUCGUAAGCAGCAGAAUGUUGACCGUGCUGUCGAUGACCUACGGAAGGGAGGCCUGGAAGUGACCGGGAUCAAGUGUCACGUUGCCAACGCCACUGACCGGAAGGCGCUCUUUGACCAUGCCGCUCAAAAGUUCGGUGGUAUCGAUAUUCUGGUCUCGAACGCAGCGGUGAACCCGGAAGUGGGAGGUGUGCUGGAGUGCAGCGAAUCGGCGUGGGAUAAAAUUUUCGACGUCAACCUAAAGUGCUCCUAUCUUCUGGCCAAAGAAGUACUUCCUUUCAUUCGGCAACGCAAGGGAGGAAGCAUUGUAUUCAUUUCAUCCAUUGCCGGCUUUCAACCAUUCCAACUGCUCGGUGCUUACUCGGUUAGCAAGACUGCGUUGUUCGGACUUACAAAAGCCGCAAGCCAAGAUCUGGCUGCGGAGAAUAUUCGCGUCAAUUGCAUUGCUCCAGGUGUUGUGCAGACAAAGUUUGCCGGAGCUUUGCAAGAAUCAGAUGCGGCUAAAGAGGAGACUCUUUCACGGAUUCCGAUGGGACGGAUUGCACAGCCUAAGGAAAUAUCUGGAGUUUGUGCAUUCCUGGUGUCGGACGAUGCCAGUUACAUUACGGGUGAAACAAUAGUGGCUUCCGGUGGAAUGCCUUCGCGUUUGUAAUUAGCUGAAUAAGCGCAAUCUUCUGUCUUCCAUAAACAUGUUGUUAUUCUGUUGGUGGUUAUGUACCUUUAUUUCAACUUAUUUUCUAUAAAUAAAGUGUUCUUGUU